GCAUCUACCAUCUACUGCUGUGACCAUCAGUGAAACUUCAAGUACUAUGUUUCCUUCAAAGCCAAAUGUUCCUGCCUUCAUGGAUUCCCAGGGACUUGCAUCCACAACAUCAACGACCACCACUACCACAGUUACCACCAACACCACCACCACAACUACAAGUUGCUUCAACAUGUAUUUCAAGCCUCCAGCAGUACCUUGGAUGAAUAACAAUGGUUUACUUAAUGUGGCUUCUCUACCUGUUACUAUGAGUGUAAACUCAAUAGUUACUCCUGUGAUGACAUACGGUCCUCUGGAUAGUAUGGCCAACAACUGGAACCUUGACUUACAAGAGCAAGAAAAACAGCUUCUUUAUCAGGCCAGCCAAUUCAAUGCCUGGAACCAGGCAUUGAUUGAGACUGUUAAUGAGAUUACUCUGUUGUAUAACAAAGUGGAAAAAGUGAAAAUGGACCAGAACAGGCUGGAGCAAGAACUGGAUCUUAUCCUGACACAGCAGAAGGAACUGGAACAUAUGUUGACUCCUGUAGAGGACUAUUUGAAGGAACAGAGUGGGGCUUUUAAUCUGCCGUCUGUGGACAAAGAGUAUCACCUAAUCUACCAGUUGGCUCAACUUAUAGAUGCUGAGCUGAAAAGAAUGUCUCAAGAUCUCAAGGACAUUAUUGUUUACCUGAAUACACUGAUUCGUCCUGCUGAUCCUACUGAACCGCUUCAGCAGAUCGGCCAGAUUCUGAGUGCUCAUAUGGAAUCUCUGUACUGGAUCAAUCACAAUACAGGCAUAAUGCAGAUGAAGGUAGAGGAGGUCACUAAGGCUUUUGAGGAGUUCCGCCGUAAGGAGCGGGAGUAUAAUCUGAAGCUUGCCCUUGAAUAACACCGCUGUGACCUGCUCCUUGUGGAUUCUUCAUUUACUCCUGAAUUUUGAUGCUAUUAAAUAGAGUAGUGUUUACAUCUACAUUUGAUUGCAAUAAUUUGUGCAUGGGUUCGAUCAUUUUUUUUUUCCAUUUAAAUAAUGUGAAGAGAAGUAUGCGAUUGUCUUU